UGUUAAAUUAAUUUACACCCUUGCUGUACUAAAAUAGUAGGUUUUCAAAAUAACUUUUAACUAAACCCAUUAUGUAAUUAUGACUUUAAAUACCACAGGUUGUAAGCAGCCGACGAGAACCAACGAGAUAAAAUGAAUUCAUGCUAUUCUGCUAGAAUCUUUGUUCUUGCACUUUAAAAAUAUUUUAGGGUUCAGUUAUCGUAACAACUGGCAUUCGAUAACAAGAGGCGUGUGUGUGUAGCAGUGUAUUUACGAGCGGUUAUCAGUGUCAUGCUUUGAGGGAUUCAAAAAGGAAGUAUUCAAGGUCAUGCAGUUGUAAACAACUUUUACAUUCAUUUGUAAUAAAUGUACAAAUUAUGGAAAUUAUCAAGAGAAAUGCAAAAAGUAUAGAAAAAUAACUACGAAAUAAGUUUGUCGUGGCUGUCUCCACAAAUAUCAGCACCUGUUGGUGCAUUCAAAUGGAUUUUGGAUAUUCACAGUGCUACAUAUUUGCGAGCAAUAACGUAAGUCAAUUGACACUGUAUCCUUUCCGCUGAAGACUGAAGAUCAAAAUCUGUAAUUCAGAUACGUGAUAGCAACAAGCGCGAAAAACAACCUUGAUGUUACUAUGUUUCGCAAGUUGCCAAAAUGUUGCUACUGUUUAGAGAAGAUCAGUGGCUUCUCUUUUGUGUGCGCUGAAUGUACAGUGAUAAAGAUAUGUGUGAAAUGCUUUGCAUGUGGGGUUGAGGGUGGCAAACAUAAAAAAAUUCACAAAUAUAUUAUAAAGCGUUCUGAAGAUUGUUAUCUCACCGAGAAUCAUUGGUUGCUUUCAGAAGAAUUAAAACUAUUAGACGCUCUGGAUACUUAUGGUUAUGGCAACUGGGAUGAAAUAUCCGCUCAACUACAGUCACAUAGCUCCACAGACUGUCGAGAUCAUUAUGACAAGUUCUAUAUGUCAGGAAUCAUGAAAGAACUCAUGUGUUCACCUUGCCCGUUUCCUCUUGUUAAAGAACAUACUUACCCAAACAAACUUUUCGAUUCUGAAGUUGAAAACAAUCCCCCAUGUGAUUUACGAUUAGAUCAUCAGAAGUCACUUGGAUACUUGCCAUAUAGAGAUGAAUUCGAAAUUGAAUAUAUGAAUUCAGCCGAAGAAGUUUUAAAUUCUGUUUAUACGACAUCUAAUUGCAAUAAACUCGACAAAGCUUUCUAUUUAGCAUUGAUGGGUAUUUACAAUCAAUAUAUACAGGAGCGUCAUUUCCGUCAUCGUUUGGCACGUUCACACAAUCUAAUUACUCACCUUAUGCGUGACCUGAUCCGUAACCAAUCAAAGCAGAAGUUAUCCAACUGUAUAUCCAAGUCUGGGGUAAUCAAAAGAGGAUGCUACGCCAAACGGUCGAGUCAUCUAAGUAUUUCUCGAAUCAAAAAGGUUAAUCGGAAAUUAUGUUACAGUGAUAGUUUCAGGGAACGAGAAACUGCAUAUUCCCCUAAACUAAAAGGUUGUGUUGAUCGGAUUAGUGAUUUUAAUUUUAAUUCUAAUGCUAUGAUAAAUGAACGUGUGGACGCCAAAGUUUUCGGUCAGUCCCUAGCUUUGACACAAAACCAUUUGAAUUGUUCAUAUGAAUCAAUGCCGACGCCUAAUCUACAACAAUACUGCAUAUCCCACCAGGUUCUGAAAAAUAAUAAUAAGGAUUCCUCUACAGCCAGUUUAAAUAUCCCCGGAAUGAGUAAAAAAUUUGCUGUACCAAAUGCCACUAAAACAUUUCUUGUCCGCGGUGAUUCAUGGCUGACUGAGUCUUGUACCUCAUCAGAAAUCCUUGACUCUGGUAUUAGUUCUGCAGAAUCCUCUUCCAAUUCUACAACUUCGUGUGGCAAUUUUAGUGACCAGUUAAAUUCAAACCCCCUCAAAUCAACCAUUGAUUUGCAGCUAUCCAGUCAAACAGUUUCUGCUCGCCCUCGAUCUAAUUCCGAUUCCGCUUAUGAUACCGGUAUAUUGAGAUUAAAGACCAAAUAUCCUAGCUGGAAUGAUCAAACCUUACCAUCGAAUAGAUUGACCAACAGUGCAUUUUCAGAGAUUGAUCCUGUGCAAAACGUAAUCGGAUGUCUUUUCCAACCUGCUGAAGAAGUAAAGACUCCCUUGUUUGCACCUCGGAGACGGCGUCGGGGACAUCCACCCAGAAAAUUUAAAACGAUAUCAUGUUUAUCUCACAAUCAGAGUACUGGGCAACAAAAUACACAAAAAUUCUUAAAGUAAGUUUUUAUUUAAUAAAUAUAAUAAUAUCUUUAUAACUUCACAUACCACUUUUCCUGUUUUUAUUUAUGAAUAUAAAGUUGUUGGUGUACGUAGAUAUUUUUGGAAUUAAUUUUGAUACUUACCGUUAAAAUCUAACUUCCUUGCACAAGUAAAGAUAAGUGUAUUUGGAUUUUAACUGUACAAUGUUUUAUGAAAAACAGAGGUACUAACUGAUCACCCCAACUGAAUUUGGUUACUGAACUGGUAAAAAUCGAGUGCUAGAAAUGUUAUCAACCUUGGAAAUGUAUGUUUUUGCAUAUGCUACCAGUUGUUCUGGUAUUUUGGUAGCCACCUGGUGAAAUGAUUUUAUAAAAAUACUCCUACUUAUAUAUUGGAAGGUGUCCCAUUCUGUCCAAAGUUGGCCUUGAUUUAGGUUAAGUAACUGACCAGUUCACUUUAUGAUAAAAUAACGUUUCACAUAUCCGGAAAAAAUCCACUAUUGUAGUAAUAUUCUGAAAGUCUACUGUAUUUGUUGUUAAAAAUAUCAAGCUUAAUCUACUGCCACUCCGUAAUCAAUAUUGUGGAUACUUUGUAAAUGUUCAAGUACCUCACUCUAUUGGCCCGGUCAGCUUUUGGAAAUUAGACACUUCUCAUUCAGGUCGUGAAGAGAAUAGUCACAUCGUUAUCCAAAAUAUACGUAUGCUUAUUGUAUACCAGUAAUAUCUGUUUCUAAAGAGCUGUAUUAUUAUUGACUCGUAGAUGGGAAAAUUUCCCUGUAAUUGUGUUCAUUAUCGCCCUUCUGAUUACGCAAGCUGAAUUAGAUUGUAUAAAAAUCAACCACACUAAACUGUACUGUAAAUACACUACAGUGAAUAUCCUGUUGGUAAUGCACUAAGUCUCGCCUACAGUUGUCUAAUAUUUUCUUGAAGUUGUCUUCGAUUUCCAAUAUGUACCUAUUAGAGUUUGUCAGAUAACCUUAAAAUAUUUCUACUGGCGAACAUUUGGUGGAAUAUAGGUAUACUAGACGGAAAAAGCUAGGAUGCGAUUAAUUUAUAGAAUUACCUGGUCGGUCAUAAAACUUCAUCCUUUGAUAUAAUCCAAGCCCUUUUUUGUAGGUGUAACAUAUCAAGCUCAGAAAAUGUUAAUAUUGAAUCUUGUGGAGAAAUUCAGUAUCAUACACCUGGGAAUGAGAUACUUCAGAUUGAUAUUUCAUCGAAUUCGGAUAUAUACAAUUCUCUUAAAAGUCUUACAUGGCUCGCUGAAAAUGUAGAGACCCCAUUAACGGUCCCCGUACAUCGCCGUCGUGGACGUCCACCUCGUCAUCCUAGAAUACCAUCUUCUAUUUCUCAAAGUGUUUAUAGUGCUAAAAGUUAUGAAAAAACGUUUCUUACGUAAGUCAUUUUUAUCUUAGUUCAGAGAUUAGUAUUUCCCUAAAGUUUCUAUUUUUCUAAAUUCCAUAUGACAAUGGUCUGUUGACAGUACACAUUCGUUGAUGUAUCAUCUGGCAAAUAAUCAAUUAUUCAUGCAUUCUGUGGGGUAAUUUUCCGAAAACCGGAAGUUAGGAAAACUCAACCGUACGGAUGAAUCGCUGACUCUGGUAGAACUUCGAGGAUCAGUUUAAUUGAGUUUUAAGGGUUUUCUAACUAACCGAAAUUCAAUCUUAUUUGAAUUGGGAUGCUAGAAAUAAAUCAUCAUAACUUUGAGUUAAAUAAACUAACUAACCUUCUUUUCAACAUUAAAGAGAAACUCAUUCUCAUUGGAAUAACAAUCAAUGUAAUUAAAAUAUGAUUACUAUCCGCCGAUGAAAAUGUUAAUGACAGAUUAUAAAUAAAAGUAGGAAAAUAAGUAAAGUUCAAAGUGUUCCCAGGUCGAAUAAAGUAAGAUACCGAAUUCAUUCUUAAACCUUGUAUUACUUCUGGGUAGUCAAUAAAGUCAAAAUCGUGUACUCCUCAAAGUCAAAAGAUACCAUGUGAUGUGAUCAUUUUAAUAACUUGAAUAUUUCAAUAAAACACUUCUUCCCUACGGAGUCAUCAAUUUUUUUCACAAGAAAAUCACUAUAUAUAUAUAUCCUCAACGUAACAUGCUCCUCACAGAAUUAUUUUGUCAUUUGUAUUCGUAAACAAUUGACUAUUUUCUUCUUGUUCAACUUAAAGGCAUCCUCAGUGGCUGAAACCAUUCUUUCGUUAUCUUUCUACGUCAGAAGCAGAGACAUUCCUUAAAAAUUUAGAACGUAAGUAUGAAAUAUUUUAAUGGAAAAUAUAUUUAUCUAUUCAAGCGCACAAAUCUUAGAACAUAACACAAACGAAAACUGACUACUGUAAACAAACAAAGGAGAGAUUGAUAAUGCAGUCAACAAAUAAAUAAUUAGAAAUAUCAUGUAGUAAAAGACAGUUCGGUUAAAAAUACAUCCAAGAAAGGUUUCUUCCAGUUAAGGAAGCUUAUCUCACUUUAUGAAGUGCACAAUAAAACCCUAAAUUAGGGUUGCCACAGGCUUUUUAUCUGAACUAUAUUUGGUACCAUCAGAAUCCAUUGAUUUGCACAACCAUGAAUUCGAAAAUGCCAGUCCUAUAUGGUUACCCUUCAUAGCACGACGCUUACUUACCUACUUACGCCUGUUACCAUUCAUGGAAGAGCAUAGGCCACCCACCAACAUUCUCCAACAAACUUUAUCCUGGGCAAUCCUCUUCAGUUGUUUCCAGUUGCUAUUCAUUUCUUUCAUGUAUGCUUCCAUUUCUCUCUGCAGUGUGUCCUUUUGCCUUCUUUCUUCUUUCCAAUUCAGGGUUCCAAGUUAGGGCUUACCCCGUGAUGCAGUUUGAUGAUUUCGGAAAUGUAUGACCUAUCCACUUCCAACAUCUUUUCCUAAUUUCCCCCUUCAGCUGGAAAUCGGUUUGUCCUCUCUCACAGUAGGUUGUUUCUGGUGAUAUCCGGUCAACGGACACUGAGUAUCUUGCGUAGACAUUUGUUUACAAAUAUCUGUACUUCUUUGAUGAUGGUUAUUGUAGUUCUAGAAGUCUCAGAUCUGUAAAGUAGGACUGUCUUGACGUUUGUAUUGAAGAUUCUGAUUUUGAUAUUGGUUGACAGACAGUUGUUUAGAGUCCCAUAUGUUCUUCAAUUGUAUGAAUGCUGUCCUUGUUUUGUCAAUUCCUGCCUUUACAUCUACAUCAGAUCACCCCUCUUCGUUGAUGAUACUGCCCAGGUGCGUGGAAGUUUCCACCUCUUCCAGAGCUUCUCCAUCAAGUGUGACUGGGUUGGUGUUCUCUGUGUUGUAUUUAGGGAUCUUACUUUUUUCCCUGUAUAUGCUGAGGCCUAUUGAUACAGAGGCUGCUGCUCCACUAGUUGUUUGUACCUUCAUUUGUCAAUGUGUAUGAGAUAGAAGGGUCAGGUCAUCUGCGAUGUCUGGGUCGUCCAUCUACAUCCAAGCUAUCCAUCAUAUUUCGUGCUUCCUCUGAGAUGUGAAGGCCUUCAUAAUCCAGUCAACCAUCAGAAGAAAGAGAGAAAGGGUGGGAGCAAGAAAUCUUGUCCGACUCCGGUCCUCACUUGGAAUGCAUCUGUCAUCGGUUCCCCAUACACCACUUUGCAGUGUAGUCCGUUGUAUAAAUCUUGUAUAAUGUCGACGAUUUUCCCAGUUAAAGCAUAGUGUUGAAGACGAUUCCACAAGGUUCUCUUAUCCACAUUGUUUAACACUUAUAGUCAAGGAAGUUGAUGUGUGGUGACGAAUUCAAUUGAAGUGAUUGCUCAACAAUGAUAUGUAGUGUCGUGAUUUGGUCUAUGCACAACCGAUCCUUACGAAAUCGGGUCUGUUGAUUUCGAAGUUGGGUAUCUACUGAUUCUUUCAUCCGGUUCAACAACAAUCUAUUGAGAACUCCUGUUACUGAUAUUAGUAUGAUACUAUUGUAUUUGUCACACUUGUCGAGAUCUCUUUUCCUUGUCCUUCUUUUCAGUCUGUCGGUAGCACUUGUUCUUUCUUUCUUGCUGUUCAGCACCUCCAGACACGUUGAAGUUAGAGCUUCUUUGAUCCCUUUACAGUUGUUUUCCAUAAUGCUUUUCUGUUCUUUGGGUAGAUCUCACCAUUCUCGUUCGUUUCUCCCAGUCAGUCUAUGCCGUCACAUGAUAUCUUCAUAACCGUUGUUGUCCAUUCCGACAUUGGCGUUUCGAUCUCUUAUCAGUAUGUUCAGGCCCUUUCCUGAACACUUGACUAUGAUCGAUUGCAGCCUCAUAAAACUGAUCUUUGUCGUCAUCAUUGCUAUCAUUGUUGGGUGCAUAAGAUUGGAUAACAUUCCCUCCCUCUUUGUUUUGAAUGAUGCUUUGAUGAUCCUGGGUCCAUGAGUUUCCCAUUGUGUAAGGGCUUUGCGUGCUUGUUUGGUCAGCAACAGAUCAACCCCCUGUGUGUAGAGAAUUUACUUAUUCGUGACCAGAAUAAAACAGCAUCUUUUCUGUCUAAUUUGUGUCCAAUGGGUUCCAUGUAUUCGGAAAACCGCCACGUUGUAUCUCCUCAUUUCUGUUGCUGUUUGACUGGUCCUUCCGAUCUCUCACAUUGUCCGAACAUUCCAUGUAUCCAUAGUAUUGUUUGUUGUGGUUGUUAGGAGGAACAUCGGCUUCGUGACUUCCUAAGAAUCUCUGCUUUCACUAUGAGGCGUCAUAGUUCUUCCUUCAACUCGGAGGGCGAAGUUUAAAUGGUUUAAGUUGUUUGUUCUGGUUAGCGUUUUUUAGCAAAGUUGUUUUCCACAGGAUAAGGUUGAUGACCCUAUGUCCAACUCACUUUAGCCGGUCAUGGGACCGGCAGUAGAUCUAGAAGAGCUACAGGCGGAGUUUCAUAGCACGACAGCGUGCCAUAAACUAACCACCUCUCUGCUUCUUCUACCAGAUUCCAGAGUCGGGAAAUAAUGCACAAAUGGAGGUCUCUGAGGUGAUAUUCAUAAUACGUAACCAAGCGACAGAAGCUUGUGUUUCAAUAUAGUUACGCCGAUCGGAUGAUCGUUACUGCGCCCAAAUACACAUUGCCAGACUACUGCAUUACUAACAUGGUGUUGGUUCUGGAUGUGAGAAAACCAUCGGAGACCGACAAUCGGAUACGGAGAGUUGCUAAACCUCCUCGUCUUGAAGGCGCCAGGUUUACAAGCCCAUGGUGUAACCGCUCUCACAUACAUGUUUUGAACUCGACUAUGGUUGAAUAUGAUGGAUAUAGAACUAUAUGACUUAAAUCCUCUGGGUUAGUAAGAAAUAUAUAUUAUUCUCCUAAGAUGAUAUUGAACCUGUGUACGACUGUUACUGACUUGUUGUUCUUUAGAAUGAGAAAUUAGGUCUGAUAAACAAACUCGUUAAUACAACAUCUCUGUGUAUUAUCCUCCAUAUUAAAUACUUUUGGAUAGCUAUUAGGUCAAAGCAAUUUGUAAGAGUUCAUACUCGAGCUUCAUAAGAAAUGUGUUUUCAAUAAUGGUUGGUUAUGAUGUUCUUACCUUAACCCAGCUAACAUAUGGUCUAUAAGUAAAAUUAACCUUUAUUACCAUCUCAAUACUUAAUCCCCUUAAAAUAAGCUUUUUAUUUCUUACUUCGAUUCUACUCACUUAGAAAUUACAACCGUAAAAUAGUGAUCGGCUUAACUUGUAGCUAAAUUUUAAUCCUGUUUAUUUGUAGCCUAGCGCUUGAUAUUUGUUCAACAGGUGGUGUUAGGUUAUAAAUCCCUACAUAAACCACAUGUUUUUAGCAAAACAUUUAUCUGAUAUUUCACAAGAGAAUCAACAUUCAUUGCAUCGGUGUAAAUAUAGGUAUCAUGUAGAUAAAUGAUGACAAUGUGAGCUGACUUCUUUUGCGGUUACGAAGAACGUUGAUGAUUAGGCGAAAGUUCUGUUAAGGAUGUGAAAUACUAUGUUAUACUGUAACGCUCAUUAUAAGUUUUUUAAGACUAGUGCGUAGGUUAAUUCAGAAAUUUGGACAGUCUUUAGUGUACUGACUUGAAACUGAUAAACUACAAGUAUUUCAAAUAUUUGGAUGACUAGAAUUCGAAUAAAUUACUUCACAUAGGACAAUGUUAAUUCUUUUGUUAACAAGUUUGUUUUUUCUUACAGAAUAAUUCGUCUUCAUUUAUAUCUGUUAAUGUACUUUUAUUGAAGGUGAACGCAUACUACGUAUUGAACUUAGUCAGCUGAUACAAGAUUACUGUAGAUUCUCCAUGAAAACAGCAGUGACCGAUUGUGUAGUUCGUGAGGAUUCAUCUAGUCGUUUCGAUCUCUACAAGAAUUCUUCAUCAUGUUCUUCCACCUCCACUUCUCCUCUGCCCCCGCCGCCAUCUACUCCAAUCUCCAAAAAGUCAUCAACUUCAUCUGUUCAUCACCGGCUGUCCAAUUUUGUGAAGUUACGGAAACUUAAACGAUCAUUCAGUACAACUACGCGAAAACCGGUUCAUAAUUUUGCUUCGAAUAAAAGGAAUCAAUAUCGCAGUUAUGCACAUUAUAAUAAUCAUAAUCUUCGACGAAUUAAUUUCGCUAAUAGAAUUAAUCAAAAAAUUAGUUGUAAACGAACACGAACUGUUUUUAAUUAAUGUUCAAUAAUCUUUCUUAAUAUUUUAAUUCUCAGGUUGAUUACUUCAUUGUUUAUACAAUGUUCUUCUCGCUGUGUGACCUAAACAUAUCCACACACAAUUUCAGUUCUAAUUGUUAAUUUUAGCUAGGACCUUCUUUAUUGUUAGCAAUAAAAUAAUAAUGAAUUGUACAUAUCAUUCUAUGUACAUUCCUAAUACUAGAACUAAUGAAUUCAUAAUCAAUAUGAGACAUAUAAGCUGAUAAUUUGUGUCUUACUCUGCUUCACACAAUUAGACUUUUAAAAGUGACACUGAAAAUAUUAUACGGUUUAUUCAAAUGAUUUUAAACCAAAUUUCGUUUACUGAUAAACCUACUCACAGUGAAACUAACAAUACUUAUUACUGUUAACCUGUACUCAUCUCAAUUUAUUAUUAAUAUUUAGUUGUCAUCAAAUUUAUUUUGUUUGGCUGUGUCCUUCCUUGUUAACCUUUUAAUAAUCGAACUUCUAGUGUAUUGGUAUGCCUUGGUAGGUGACUGUUUCUAUCAUUUUUAGAUGUUUUUUUCAUUUGUUUUCCUGUUACUUCUUGCUUAGAUUGUUCCUUACUUCCACACGUUAAUUCCUUCGAGUAAAUCAACGAUCAAUUGCUCAAAUUAACAUUGUUUAUAUUAUUAGGUUUUUAAUAGGUGUUCCAUUUGAAGGCAAAGCAACGAUCCCUUCGAUUCCCAAAUCAAUUCAUUAAGUGUUAUAUAUAUGGUACAUUUAUCCUGUAUUACGUAAGGUGUUAUAAUACUAAUUUUUAUUCUGAAUGCGUUUAUGUAUGUAUAUCGUGUUUUCUGUAGUUAUGUUUCAAUAAUAUCUUUAUUAUGCUUGUUA